UUUGACAUAGAGCGUACACCAACAAUGGAAGUCAGUAGUGGAAAUUGAACGAUAUAUCGAACGUUUAUUCAAAAUCGUUUGAGUGGAAUUUCGAAUAAUAAUAACUGCAUCACCAUAUAUAUAUUGUUCUACGCAUAGUCUUAAAACAAUUCGGGAAAUUAUACCAUCGCGCUUUGAGGUAGUAUGCGUGUUGUGUUCAUAGCAGAAGGUGGGGUAAAUAAUACAAACACAAAAUUUCUUGAUUUCAUUUGAAUAAAUUUCAUAAAAUAGAAGCGGAUAUGGCCUGUACAUUGAACCAUCAUUCAUCAGAAUGUACCAGUAUAGAAAAAUGCCUCGCUUUAUACAGAGAUUCACUCAGUUCAAAAGACAUGGAUCAUGAUGGAACCCACUUCGACCAAAAAAUUCAUCAUGUAUUCGUCAUAUUGGGAGCAUCUGGAGAUCUAGCUAAAAAAAAAAUUUACCCCACCUUAUGGUGGCUAUUCAGAGAUAAUCUUUUACCAACAAAUACAGUCUUUUAUGGAUAUGCAAGAAGCAAAACUUCCAUUGAAGAUAUUCGAAAUAAAUGCCACCAGUAUAUGAAACUGAAAGAUGGAGAAGAAGAGCAGUAUGAGGCAUUUUGGAAAAUGAAUUAUUAUUUUGCUGGAUCUUAUGACUCUCGAGUUGAUUUUGAGAAACUCAAUCAACAGCUCUAUAGCCAUGAGAAAACUUCUUCGGCAAAUAGAAUUUUCUAUUUAGCUUUGCCUCCAAGUGUAUUUGAAACCUGUACAAUACAUAUAAGAAAUGCCUGUAUGACAUUAAAGGGAUGGACAAGAAUCAUAAUUGAGAAGCCAUUUGGAAAAGACUCAGCCUCUUCAAAAAAACUAUCUGAUCAUUUGGCUUCUUUAUUCACUGAACAACAGAUAUAUAGAAUAGACCAUUAUCUAGGCAAAGAAAUGGUCCAAAAUUUAAUGACCUUAAGGUUCGGUAAUAGGAUAUUUAAUCCUUGUUGGAAUAGGGACAAUAUAUCUUCAGUUCAAGUUAGUUUUAAGGAACCAUUUGGUACCCAAGGAAGAGGGGGCUACUUCGAUGAAUUUGGAAUAAUAAGGGAUAUAAUGCAAAACCAUUUACUUCAAAUUCUCACUCUUGUAGCUAUGGAGAAACCUAUAUCAUGCUUGCCUGAUGAUAUUAGAAAUGAAAAAGUCAAGGUGUUGAGAAGUAUACCAGAAAUAGAAUUGAGAGAUGUUGUCUUGGGUCAAUAUGUAGGCAAUGAAGAAGGAGAAGGAGAUGCAAAACAGUCAUAUUUGGAUGAUCCUACUGUACCACCAGGAUCAAUAACACCAACCUAUGCAAUGGCUGUUCUGAAGAUCAACAAUGAACGUUGGGACGGUGUACCCUUCAUUCUGAAAUGCGGCAAAGCCUUGAAUGAACGCAAGGCUGAAGUUAGAAUACAGUUCAGAGAUGUUCCCGGCGACAUAUUCAGUGGCAAACCUAAGAGAAAUGAAUUAGUCAUCAGGGUUCAACCUGGAGAAGCCCUUUAUGUAAAAAUGAUGGUUAAAACACCUGGAAUGGCUUUCGAUAUGGAAGAAACCGAGUUGGACUUGACUUAUAGUAGCAGAUAUGAGAAUGUUAAACUACCGGAUGCUUAUGAGAGGCUUAUCUUAGAUGUAUUUUGUGGAUCUCAAAUGCAUUUUGUGAGAUCAGACGAAUUGAGUGAAGCUUGGAGAAUUUUCACUCCACUUCUCCAUAAAAUACAACAAGAACACAUAGUUCCUAUUCCAUAUAAGUAUGGAAGUAGAGGACCUAAAGAAGCUGACGAAUUGCUCUUACAAAAUAACUACGUAUUCACAGGAUCUUACAAGUGGGUUAAUAAAAAGUAAUAAUUUAGGGCACAUAGGGAUAAAUGGUACCAUACAUUUUGUUUGGUGGGAAUCGUAUAAAUACUUUUAAAUCUGUGGAAAACCACAAGAUAUUUAUUCCACAUAAACCAUUCCAAAUAUGCAAAUGAUUUAUUGUUAUUUCUAAUUAUUGGAAUAUAUUUUUAUAAAUUAUUAGAAUCGUUA